GAAUUUCUGCUCCACUUGAGAUCUACUGACUUGAAAUCUGUUUUACCAAGAUCCCAAGGCCUUUUUCUUUGUACACUCAAGUUUAAAAAGCACUGCUCCAAGUCACAUGUACUGUUUUCUUGCUGUCUUUAAUUUCAGGAGUCUGCCCAGGAGGUUCCUAAGUCCUGGCAUCCAGAGCCUCAGUCCUCUGCAGCAGAAAUUUUUCACCCUGCUGAGGGCAGAGGAGGGACCUCCGGUUCAUUCUGGGUGCGUGUCCCACUGAAGAGGGAGGAGGGAUUCCAGAAGCCCCUCGACUUCUUCAGAGGGCUCUCAGCAAUUGCCUGGGAAGCCAAGCGAUGGAUCCAAACUCUAUCUUGAUUUCUUCUCAGUCUGGGACCUGCUCCCACCUGGCCGAACUCUGUGUGGAAGGUGAGAGAAGCCCAGCCUCCCAAGAGCUGGAGAAAGACUCCCCCUUUCCCUGGGGCCAGGCCUCCAGUUCUAGCCUCACUGAUACCAACUGGUUUGGGGAUGAGCACAUCCAGGCCAAGAGGGCAAGAGUGGAGACCAUCGUCCAAGGCAUAUGUCUCUCUCCCAACCCCCUGGUGCCAGGCAAUGCCCAAGCCAGGGACAGCCCAUGCUGCACAGAGAAGCGAAAGAGGAAGCAGAGUCUCCCCAUGCAGCAAGGCCCCCUGAAGCCAGGCCCUGCCUGGGGCAACAGGAAGGGGGGUCCCGGGGUAAGAGAACAAUUUCAUCGGCUCAAGCAACAGCUGAGACAUCUGCAACAGCACAUCCUGCAGACUGCCGAGCCCAGGGCUGCAGCUCAGGACCCCAGAGGCUCUGAGCAGGGGCAAGGCUCCCUGAGGGAGAAGCAGAGGAACAGCUGUGAGUCUAACCCCUGGGCUACCGACAGUGACCGCCAUCAGGAUUCUAGUGCGUACCUUUGUGGGGCAGAAAAACACAGAGUGUCUGAGCCUGAACAUCGGUCUGAGGAGCUCAGGUUCCUUUCUUCUGGAACACAAGCUUUGUUGGAGAUUCUGAGGAAAGAACUGACCAGGGCAGUAUCCCAGGCUGUGGACUCUGUUUUACAAAAGGUGCUUUUGAAUCCACCAGGCCACCUGACCCAGCAGGGCAGAAGUUUCCAGAGACUAGUGCCAGAGGGCGGAAGUGAGCCCUCGCCUCCUAUGGGAGGGACCUAUAAAGAUCUAUUUACUCUGGCCACCUUGCCCAGAAGGACCCAGCCACAAGUUGGGGUCCCUGUAGGAAACUUACCACUAGUCAAGCCUCUGGAUUCUCUGAGGUACCCUAUCUCACCAAGAAUCUCCAAAUCCUAUCAGGGUCCCGCAACAAACUAUCCCUUGGCUAUUCCUUCCCACGUCCAGGAAAAUCAGAUUCUUAGCCAGCUAUUGGGUCGUGGACCCAAUGGUCAUUGGAGCGACAAUCCUCCUCUGGACUCAUCUUCACAAAGUCACCCCUCUAUAGAGUCUGCUCUGCAACCUUGGGUCUGGAGCCAGCAGCCGUGCCCGCUGCCUUUCACCACAGUGCCCCAUCUGGAGAGCCGGCCCCUCCUUCCCUCCGUGAAGACUGAGCACAACAGCCUGGAGGCUAUCACAGAUGCAACUCCCUUCUCUUCCGUAUAAAUCCAGGAAGGACUGAACCCUGGUCACUUGAAGAAGGCCAAACUCAUGUUCUUCUUCACAAGGUACCCCAGCUCCAGCCUCCUGAAGGCUUAUUUCCCCGAUGUCCAGUUCAACCGCUGCAUCACCUCUCAGAUGAUCAAGUGGUUCAGCAACUUUCGUGAGUUUUAUUACAUCCAAAUGGAAAAAUUUGCCCGUCAAGCGGUUUCAGAUGGUGUCACAAAUCCCAAAGUGCUGGUGGUUCUCCGUGAUUCAGAACUUUUUCGAGCCCUCAAUAUGCACUAUAACAAGGGAAAUGACUUUGAGGUCCCAGAUUGCUUCUUGGAAAUUGCCAGCGUGACAUUGCAAGAGUUCUUCAGGGCUGUCUCCACAGGGAGAGACUCAGAUCCUUCCUGGAAGAAACCCAUUUAUAAAAUUAUUUCAAAACUGGACAGUGACAUCCCAGAGAUAUUCAAAUCAUCCAGGUAUCCCCAGGAGGUGUUUCGGAGUUAAAGUCAAACAAAAUGAGGAGUGACUGGCCAGAGUUUCCUGAGUUUGUCUUAAAUGGUAACCAUUUAGCUAUAGUCAUAUAAAAUGGGCACAUGAACUCCCUGCCCUUGAAUAAGUACUAUUACCAUUCUGAUCGCUUAUUUCCUUUCUAGAAUCAUCAAAUAUUUAAACUUAAUUAUAAAAUACAUCAACUGAAUAUAUCAAUGUAUCGGUAUAUUGUAAAAGAAACACAAGUUUGGAAUAGGAAGACUUGAAUCUCAAUCCACUGUUGCCAGGUGUUGAGACUGACAACUUCCUGUUAGCUCUGCAUCUGUAAAAUAAGGUUGUAAGGAUUAAAGAUACUAUGUCCUGAAGUGUUCUGUGACACGUGACACAAAAACUAUUUUCCCUCUCUUCCUCUAGCUAUCAGGGUAUUUGGGGCUUUUACAAAUGACUAUUUUCAUUUUACUUACCUGUUUCUCAAGCUCCACCUAUCUGCCAGACACUGUCACAUUCAUUAAACUUCUGCCCUGAAAAGCAGCUAUUAUCCAAACAGAACCUUGAACAAACCAAGGUUUUUGAACUAUGAAGUAAUUUCCCAAAUGUUGUAAGGCCAGGACAGUUGGGUUGGUAGACCUGGUCAGGAACACGGAGGAACCCAAGACAUUCUGAGCAAGGCUGCAUGCUACUCUACACUGUCACUCAGGAUCUCAAACAGGAAACCACCACUAGAGCAAGCAUUUAGCACUGAUGUGGCACUGACAACGCUGCCUGGUGCUCCACCUCACAGGUGAUGAAUAGCAAAACAGAGAAAUACAGAAAUGGAAAUUCUCCAAUUCCAAAAGAAAUUACAGUCCGUGGACAAACUUCCACAGGUGAAGCAAUUUGUGAAAUCCACACUUUCUUCCUCCCUUCUGGCCCAACACAAACUGACUCACUCUGAACAAACAGCAAGAGAUCUGCAAAGCUGAGUAACUGUAUCUCUCUUCUUAACUAGUCAGAAUGAAGCCUGUAAACGUGGCCAAAGGCAUGCAGGAUAGAGUAGGAUAAUACAUGGCUUGGGCUUUUUAGUCCUGAGAGAUGUCUGUGACUGCACUAGCUUCCUUUCUUCCCAUCUACACAGAACAAAUUCCAUUGUGCAGCUACUCCACUUCCAUGACUUAGAGGGUGAGGCGCUAGCUGGAGCGGAUAACUCCCUAAACUAUUGCUAGAUACUCAGCACAAAAAAGAUGAUAUGACAGCAUAAAAAAGAUGAAAGAUGACUUUGAAUUUUCUCUUACUUCAAACAGCUGAGAGAAGAAACAAAGCAUACACAGCCUAAACCAAGACUUGUAGGUCAUUUUUGGUUUUUGGUGCUGGGGAUAGAACCCAAGGCCUCCUGCAUGUCUAAGCAUGUGCUCUACCACCCAACUACAGCCCUAGCUAAGGGUUAUUUUUAAGUGUCCUUCAAGGCAUCCAAAUAUUCAGACACACUUUACCCCAUUUUCUCCUCAUUUUUAUCAAAAUGAAGGAAUCUGCUCAAACCAAAAUUCAGACAGUGGCAAUUAUUGAUUACCUCAGUCAAGGGCAAUCAAUUCUGUUUGGACACAGAAGAAUCCACUGUCCAGAGAGGCAUCACAUGAUUAUUGAAGAAAUCCAUGGAAAGCAACUCCAAGUUGACAUGAUUGUCCAGUAUGGAGCAGCUGUCCCAAACCUGAAACUCAUUAGUAUGUUUUACAAGCUGAGCCAAGCCACCUCAAGGGCUGUCAACCUUGUCCUGAGGACCGAUUAGAUGAAAUAUGUAAGCUCAAAUUUAAAACAUUCAUGUCCUGCAGCCUUUCCAGGAAGUGUUCUCUGACUACUGAGCUAAACACAGAAGAAUGUAUAAAUACGUGCACUCUGCCAACAGAGGAAUUCCAUUUUAUUAGUUUUCUGUUUCUACCAAGUACAUGUCUUUCAGUGUUGGGAAUAUAGACUGGGUGUAAGUGGAGCUGGUUAUUAUGUUCCUUCAGCAGUCAUAACACUGCCAAAGGUCUGGUCAAUUUUUCCAUUAAGGUGUAUGUGGGUGCUGUUUUCUCCCAAAUGAGACAUGUUCAAUAUUCUGGUCAAGUACUGCAUAAUUGUCUUUCAAUGGUGGAUGACAGGCCUGUACUGUGAUGUGUGAUGACAACACCUCCGAGAGAAUGCUAAUUACAGAUGAAAGCAGGCUGUUAAUUAGCAUUCAGUAUUUUAAACAUGGUUUUACACAGUGCACACAACUCCAAACUCAACUCAAACGGUGAGAGGUAUUUCCUGGACCUAUCAGGGGUGCCUAUGUGAUUUUUUCCUUCCCCAUCAAAGAAAGGUCAAAGCAUGAAUAACAAACAACACUAUUAUAAAGUUCUACACCUCAGUCCCAUUAAGGAAGUUCGCUUUUAAAACGUUUUCAAUGAAAAAUGUACAAUCCUCAAAAAAAUUAAAAAGCACUCCUAUAAUCUAAUUUUAUACAUGUCUCUUUUAAAAAUAUUUCUUUAAAAAUCCUUUAAAAAAUGGCUGAAGUUUUGGUAAUCAG